GCUCUUUCUGUCGCUCCUGCUGCCCUAUGAGGAAGGUGCUUGCUUCUCCUACUUCAGCCAUGCUUGUAGUUUCCUGAGGCCUUCCCAGCCAUGCGGAACUAGACAGGAUCUCACUCUGUUGGCCAGGCUGGAGUGCAGUGGUAUGAUCAUAGCUCACUGCACCUCUGAGCUCCUGGAGUCAAGCAAUCCUCCUACCUCAGCCUCCGAAGUAGCUAGGACUGCAGUGCAGUACAAAAUUGUGUGAAAAUCACAGAAACAAUCACCCACAAUGUCCCACCCAAGAAACAACCCACAGACCAGCAGCCCACAAGACAGUACAAAGGAUGGGAGCAGCUUCCAUUACUUUCAAGGGAGAUUUGAGCUCUCUGGGAAGGGCAGACAGUAUCCAGCAGAUGCAUUGGGGCCCCAACCUGGUAUUGGAGAUGUUAAGGACAUUGAAAAAGCAGCUAAGUCUAUGCUAGACCCAGCACACAGAUCUCAUUUUUACCUUGUAACCCCAAGCUUAGUAUUUUUGUGUUUUAUAUUCGAUGGAUUACACAAGGCACUACUCAGGGUCGGUGUGAGCAAAAGGUCUAAUAUUGUGAUUGGGAAUGAGAACAAGGAAACAGGUACUCUCUAUGCUAGCAAAUUUGAAGAUGUUUUGCCUACCUUCACUGCCCUUGAGAUGUCAUCAAUUCUGCGUCAAUGCUGUGAUCUUCUGAUAGGCGUUGCUGCCGGAUCGAGUGACCCGAUACGCACCAACAGCCUCCAAGUACAGAGACAAUUCAAGGCAAUGAUGAUAUCCAUUGGAAGACCUUUGCAUAGUGAAAGUGCUGAUUUAUUAAUUAGCUAUAAUGCAGGGCCAGCUAUAGAUUGGAUCAACUCAAGACCAUGGGUUGGAGGAUUAAUGUUCACAUCUCUAUUUGGAGAAUUUGAAUCCCCUGCGUGCGAGCUACUUGAUCAAGUUAAAGUAGUUGCCAGCAAAGCACAGAUGACGACCUCCUACACUGUGAGAAUGUUCCUGGAUCAGUGUGUGGAUGGUUCCACUGCUUUACCCGCUGUUGUGUCAGAGAUUCCAGUUUUUGAGCAGAAGAAAGCACUGGCUAAAAAGGUACUUGGAGAUUUCUUUGAAUUUGGGGGUGUACUUCGCCAUCCUGUUAUUGGGGUGCUAUCGCCACAAAUGUUCCCAAACCUAGCAACAGCAGCAAACUACUGGGCCAAAAGAAGGAAUUCCACAUUUUCUGGUUUUGAAGCCCUUGACUUUAUACCAGGAUCAACUAUUACAUUCCCUGUACUUCAAAUGGCAUCUGCUCAGAAAAUCUCCAGAGGAAGUGACAUGGAUCCAUAUACACUUAACAUCCUUCACGGUUAUGGGAUUUCGGGAUUUGAAUAACAAAUACAUGAACUAAUCCUUAUAUAUACAUAUAAAAAGAAAUUAUGUGAAAAUCACAUUCUAAAAUAGUAUCUGAGAGUUGCCUAUUGUUUUCAAUCUUGGUCUGUCUUUGACAUCUAUCGCAACUUCUCUAUAAUCUUUUAUUUUUUAAAAGAGUCCAUCCAAUAUUCUCUGGCCACUGAAAGAUGUGAUCUCCAAAGUCUUUUUAAGUACUGGAGGCUAAAAAUAUGCUUUGACAUGUAGAAUUUUGAAAUAAUUGAAAUGUUUUCUGUAGUCACAUGGGGAGUUUUUAUUUUAUUCUUCAUAGAUAAGGCCCAGAUCAUUUUUAAGGUUAUUGUAUUUCUUCUCUAAUUUGUCUUGAUUUUUUUUUAUAAUUAUGUUGAAAUAAAUCUGAUGCAUUAUCACUU